CAGUUCCAGGGUGUUUCUUUAUUGAAUGUCUCGUCUGCAACAUCAUUUAAAACACAUUUGCUGCAGCAGAAGUUGAGUACACUUGCAGCUAUGACACUUUAUUAAUACGACUCAUUAAAGUCUGCAGGAGCAGGUCGGUAACAGACGAGCGCUAAGAUGGCCAUUGCCCACGUGGCUACAGAGUACGUGUUCAGCGAUUUUCUGCUGAAGGACCCGAACCAGGCUCGAUACCGCAACAUCCGGACUGAGCUGGCUGUGGACAAGAUGGUGACCUGUGUGGCAGUGGGCCUCCCCCUCCUCUUCAUCUCUCUGGCCUUCGCUCAGGAAGUUUCAGUAGGUACUCAGAUCAGCUGUUUUGCUCCUUCUAACUUCUCCUGGAGGCAAGCUGCUUACGUGGACUCGUUCUGCUGGGCGUCUGUACAUACACACACUCUACCUCUGUGGCUGCACAAGUUCUUUCCCUACAUUCUGUUGCUGGUGUCGGUGCUGAUGUACACCCCGGCGUUGUUCUGGAGAUUUUCUGCGGCACCCCUCCUGCAGUCGGACCUCAGCUUCAUCCUGGAGGAGUUGGACCGGUGUUACAACCGUGCCGUCACUCUGGCAAAACGCAUGGCCACCUCAGGACUGCUCACCCCAGACAGCGACCCCACCGAGGGCUGCUUCAAUUACCCGCUGGUGGAGAAGUUUCUGAUGACCAAGCGUUGCUCGCGAUCGAUGCUGUUUUACUACCUGCUGUGUCGCGGCCUGACUCUCGUCACCCUGCUAUGUGCCUGCGUCUACCUGGGCUACUACCUCCGCCUGGCCUCGGUCACGGACGAGUUUGGCUGCACGCUGCGUAUCGGCCUGCUCGCCGACGACCCGAGUGUCCCCGAAAAGGUGCAGUGUAAGCUCAUCGCCGUGGGAGUCUUCUCUUUGCUGAGCCUCGUCAACUUUGUGCUGUUCAUUGCGCUGAUUCCCGUGGUGAUCUACGCCAGUGUCCGUCCCCUCUUCUGCCACGGAUACGCCAGCUUCCUGGAAACCUACCAAUCACUGCCCACUGUCAGCGUCCUGCCCACCCCCGGUAACCAAUGGGACGAUCUCUCUCUGUAUCUGCUCUUCCUGGCGGAGAACAUCAGCGAACUAAAGUCCUACAAAUACAUCAAGGUGUUGGAGUUGUUAAGGAAACGAGACGAAUGCCGCGGAGAAGACUUUGACUCCAUGGGUCUGCUGCAGACUCUCUGCCUGGUGAAGAUGGACACUGUGGAUGCUAAGAAACCUACCGGUGUCGCAGGAAAACAGGAUCAAGUAAAGAUGAAAGCAGCGGACUCUGCCGGCAGCCGCACAGCAGCUAAGAACAGCUGCAACCGUCCGAAGUCAGCUGCAGAAAACAACAGCAAGAUGGAAACUGAGAUGAAAGAGGUCACUGCCUUGCUUCCGGAAAACAGAGAUGUAACGGGCAGCAAAAGCAGCGAGGGGGAGACUCUCCGGCAGCGAGCGGUGUGACCGGCUGCCGGCGCGGCGAUGGAAACCUGGACAAAGGGGUUUCUUGAGGGAAAUAAAUUCACCACUAUCCCAUGGUGCAUUCACAACUACUGACCUUCUCUCCUAAAAAAAUGGGAUGGGAGAGUGAAGCACCAUCGCCAUCGAAGUUCCAUCUUCAUCAAACUCAAAACUUUUUAGUCCCUUUCUUUGAAUGAUGUGCAUGUUUUUUUUUGGUCUAACAGCGCAAAAAAAAAAGGAGUUAGUGAGCACAGGGUGAUGCAAGACUAGAUGCUGGAAGGUGACACUCAUGUUGGUACAGAUUUCAGGAAUCAUUGACUACGUUUACAUGUACACUAAUAUUCCACUAUUAUACGGGUCGUGUUAUCAGCAUAUUCCAUUUGGAUAUUCUGAAUUAGGUCUUAUUCUGAAUGGAGCAUGUUCCGAUGUAAGACAUGUGGGAUAAUGCAGAUAUUAUUCAGCUUUUAGGAGCAUUCCUUGAACAUUCAUGUAUACAGCACAUUCAGAAUAUGUGAGUUCUUUGUGAGUUAUUUUACAUGUUGAUCAUAUGCCUGAUGUAUUUUCUGUGACUCUAUAAAGUAAAAGCAGUACAGUGGAUAUGCAGUAGUUGUUGCAGUACAACAGUUUGCCAGCAGUUGAUUUAGGGCUUUUAAAUUUGACAAUAUCACAAUUUCAACCUUAAAUUCAAGGUAGAGUUUGAAAUUGUCAAAAUUGCAGUUGUGUUUUUCUCUAAAAAGAAGAAGUGAUGUAUUUAUUUUGUCAUUAUGGGAGAAUGUAUAUUUUAUGAGAUUGUCAAUCGCAUUUCAAGACAAAGUCAAGGUUGUUGAGGGGAACACGACAGACUUAUUCUGUCUAGAAAGUGAUAUGACGAGGCAGCUAAAACAUAAACCUGGUGUUUAGCUCUCGUCUAUUUUAGAGGAGCAUUCUUAGUUUUUGCAUUAUCCAUAUAAGGUGUUUUGUGGUACAGUUUAAUUUAAUGUGACCUCUAUCUAUGUUUCCAACAAAAUGGUGCAAGAUGUUAGUUUAAUGCUUAACAAAUUGCAUGAUUUCUCCAAAAAUGUCAUUAGUUUAAAAGGAAACAGCACAUCACAUGUAAAAACUCAAGUAAUAUCCAGUUCAGGGGCUUUAGGUUGAAUCAUUUUGUUAGUUUUAUAUGUUUUUUUUCAGAUGUUUGGAUGCUUCAAACUGGAAUUAAUCUUGCUUGUUCGGGAAUCUCAGGGAUAAAAACAUCUCACUACAUCACAUGUGAUUGUCAGAGUUUACGUUUUGUAUUUUUUAGUCUCUUUCACUGCCUUUAUAUAUGUACUGCACUACGUGGAACAUUUUAACAUAUUGUUGUGAAAUUGAUGUGUAAAGUUCUCCUUUUUUACUAUACCUUAGUGUAUGUUUAAGAACUUUUCUGCUGUUUUUUGUAUUCAUGUGAUAGCUAAAUGUUAUUACUGUGCAGUGGGGCACAUUAUUAAUGUAAAGUCUUGGAUAGAAACUAAUGCUUGUUGUUUUAUUGUGAUGUGAGAAAACCUUUCCAGUGUUCAAUUUCAGGAGUGACAUUUUGAUGUGUUGAAACUGCCGUUGAUCAUGUUUGAGAUAUAAUGAUGCUGUUAAUUAUUACACUUGUAGGAUUGUCUUAGAAAUAAAUAUAGUAGAUGUUACUGUUGAGUUGGA